CGAACACGCUGCCAUGGCGUUCUGAGAUCGCCGUGAUUGGCGUGGGAGGCUGUGACUUCUGGCAGGAUUUCAGGUUUGCCGCGAAAGCGCUGCAGCUGGCCAUGAGGUGCUAUGGCAUCUGCAUCACGCCCAGGACCACUCCGCCAAGCCUCUGGUUGCCGCGGAGCUCAGGACUGGCGCCAAGCCCUGGUGAUUUGGAGGUUGGCUUCAGAUGUCACAGAGGCCGUCAUCGCCUGCAAUCGCGGCGGCGCGUGGCUCAGCAGUUUGCAGCUGCUGCCGCGGCAGCUGGCCCUGCAGCACCGGCGCCCUGUGGUGGUGGUCAACGGCAGCCUCAAUGCAUGUGAGAAGUCUUCAGCUUGGCAAAAUGUACUGGAAAUCAUUCUGGAGAUGAGGUACCAGGCCUUGGAGCCUGACGAAGUGAGCCUCACCAGCUCCUGCCGUGCCGCCAGCUGGCAGCGUGCGGUUUUCGCCCUCGGCGUGGUUUCUGGCAAUGUUAUCCUUUGCAACGUGGUUUGCAGCGCCUUAGAGAAACAACAUCAGUGGAGCGGGGCCCUGGAUGUGUUGAGCAUGAUGCCGUUGGCCGAAGUUCAGGCAGAUGUGAUUAGCUUCAACUCAUGUAUCAGCGCAUUGGAGAAAACGGCUCGUUGGAGUUUAGCCACCGUUCUGCUGGGACAGUUGCAAGGUGGCUCGCGACCGAGAGCCUCCGAGGUGAGCUACAACGCGUCGAUGAGUGCCUGUGGCAGCUCUGCUCAAUGGCAGUUUGCUUUGCAUUUGCUAUCGGAAAUGAAGGCGGUGAAGAUCCGACGGGGCAUUGUGUCCUUCAAUGCUGCGCUGUCCGCGUGCGGCAAGGCUUCAGAAUGGAGUCGGGCUUUGCUGCUGCUAAGCAGCUUAUCGGAGUUGCAGCUGCAAGCGACAGUGGUCACUGCCACUGCAGCUGUCAGUGCCUGCGCUGAAGCGGCCGCGUGGCAGACAGCUCUGGCCAUGGUGCAGGACUUCAGUGUGGCGCGGAUGAGAAUCUCCAUGGCCACCUACAACGCACUUCUUUCAACCUUUGGACCCAAUUGGUCAGAAGCCCUUCACACGUUCUGCCAGCUUCAUGCCGAAACUGCAUUCAAGCCAGAGAUCAUCUCCGUGAAUGCGGUCGUUACGGCCUGUGCUCGUGGUGAAGUCUGGACGUGGGCCUUGCAGGGGCUAGAAAACCAUGAGCCCAAUGGGCUGCAGCUGAGCAGGGUGAGCUACAAUGCCAUGGGCUGUGGCCAGCUUCCAUGGUGGCGGGCAGUUCAUGUCCUGGAUGAGAUGCAGCGCCGUUGGCUCCGUCUGGACAUUGCCACCUGGGGCUCUCUGUGCCUCGCGGUGCCCUGGGCACGUGCUGCGGAGGCCCUGGCACGACUGCCCGGGCUGCGGGCCGAUAUCGCUGCGCGCCAGGGAGUGGCUGGCAGCUGUGGGGAGACGCUGUUGUGGCAGAGGGCCCUGGAACUGGCGGAGGACCAGGUGACGAUCUUCCAGAAAGCUGGCAGAUGGUCAGAAGCUCUACUCCUGGCAUCUGGACAUCAACUGGACCUGGUGACUAUGAGCGCCACUACAAGCGCCAUGGAAAGGGCUUGGCAAUGGCAGCGUGGAUUGCAAGUCCUGGCUGAUUUCUUCAUGGCCACUGUCGCUGGCAUUUGGGCACUGAGUGCUGCCUGCAGUGCCUGCGAGAAGUGUGGCCGCUGGGAGGAAACCAUGGCCCUGCAACGGCAGCUGGUCAGAUGUCCUAUGCCAGGUGGUGAUGCGACCUAUUCCUGCAAUGCCGUGUUGAGCUCCCUGGAGAAGGCCCACCUCUGGGUCUCGGCUCUCAGCCUGGCGACCGAGCCGCUGGACGUCAUCGGUGCCAGCGCAGUGGUGAGCGCCUGCGAAAAGAUGGGCCGAUGGCGACGAGCCAAGGAGAUCUUGGGGCAGUUGAAGUUCCAGAAGGUCCAACCGAAUGAGAUCACCUUCAAUGCUGCCAUCAGCGCAUGUGAGAAGGGAGAGAUGUUGCUGGCUGCGUCCAGGCCUUCAAGCGUUGUCGCUGGCAAAAGACUGGACCAACAUCGAAGCAAUGGUGAACCUGGGGCCCAACCGAUGCGCACGCCCUGGAGGAGCACGUAGCCGGACAGAAUUGAUGGUUGAACGCUUGGGACACUUAGAAUUUCUUAGAAUCAUUGGGUCAUCAUGAGGGUUGAAGAUUGGCCCUAUGAUUCACGUGGGGGGACUGAAUCCAGAGCGCCGUGGGGACAAAAA